ACCUCCCAAUCAUCCUCAUUCAGUUACAAGACCAGGAUCAAAACACUCUUUUAACACCAACAUGGCUGACGAACAAGCUGAGCUGAAUCGCAUUUUCAAAAGAUUCGACUUGAAUGGUGAUGGCAAGAUCUCUGCAGCAGAGCUGGGCGAUUGCUUGAAGACUCUCGGCUCAGUCACAGCAGAGGAGGUCAAGCGCAUGAUGGCUGAGAUAGAUACUGAUGGUGAUGGAUCCAUUUCAUAUCAGGAGUUCUUAGAUUUUGCUAAGGCUAACAGUGGCCUGAUGAAGGAUGUUGCUAAGAUAUUUUAAUCUUCCAACAUAUAUCCUUUCCUUUUCUUUGUUGUUUUUACUUAAGAUGUGCUGUAAUCUAUGAUUGUUUUAAGGCAGCGGCAAGUCUAAAUGAAUUUUGAUUGACACA